CCUCAGGUACCGGGAUCGCGCACUCCAGCUCAUCAAGAGAAUAACUGUUUUGCUUCUAUAAAUAUCAACGUCGGUCCUGGUGACUGUGAGUGGUUUGGAUGUCCGUAUGAGUACUGGGGUGUGAUUGAGCGAAUGUGCAGAGAGCGGAAUUUGGAUUUCCUGAAGGGUUCGUUCUGGCCAAACUUUGAGGACCUGCUUAGCGAGGGUGUUCCUGUCUACAGGUUUGUUUGGACUUGCAUACGUUUUUUGAAACCAUGUGAAGCUUCUCCAAAAGAGUUCAUUAUCGUGAAACGUUGA